GACUAAUGUACAGGUUUGGGUUCACUCACUACCGUGAACAACAUGGGACACUAUGCCUCUUUACGUUCGAAGUGUUUCGCGUACUCCAAGCCACAGAGGGGCGCUAAGAGCUUUAGCUUCAACGUACAUCAACAUCCGACAGACUGUUGGUAAAUGGAGCUUUGUUUUGAAAAACGGAGCCCCUUAGGUCUUAACUGUGAUGGCAAACGAGACGGACCGAGGUGUCUCUUCCCGUGCGGAGCGAAAAGCUUUACAAAAGGCCAAGAUAGUGCAACGUGAAAAUGAGAGAGAGAUCUUUAGGCUGGUUGGACGUAUCUUGAAGAAACCAGAGGGAGAAAGGUCUGAGGAGGAGACUUCUGUGCUUAUGUUGCAUAGAGACACUGUUGAUGAGCUUUGUAAAAGAAAGAUCCGCAGCAAUCAACUCAAGAGGAAGCAAGAGGAGGUGUUUGACACUGCAGACGAUCUGAAAAGCAAAGUGCGGAAGCUGGCUGUGGCAGUCAAACAAGCAAAACACUUGGUGGUUUACACUGGUGCUGGAAUAAGUACAGCGGCAUCGAUCCCUGACUACCGAGGGCCCAAUGGAAUUUGGACACAAUUGCAGAAGGGCCGUUCUGUCAGCUCAUCUGACCUGAGCAAAGCAGAGCCGACGCUCACACAUAUGUGCAUUUGGGCACUUUAUAAGGAAAUGCUGGUGAAGCAUGUCGUGUCUCAAAAUUGUGAUGGACUUCAUCUACGUAGCGGUCUUCCCAGACAUGCCCUGUCUGAACUUCAUGGAAACAUGUUUAUUGAGGUGUGCACUACCUGCUCUCCAGUCAGGGAAUACGUACGUUUAUUCGAUGUGACUGAGCGAACGUCCCUCCACCGGCAUGGCACGGGCCGCAGCUGCUGUUGCUGUGGUGGAGAACUCAGGGACACAAUUGUGCACUUUGGGGAACGUGGAACCCUGGAACAACCGCUCAACUGGAAGGGAGCUGCAGAGGCGGCAAAGGCGGCUGACGUUAUCCUCUGCUUAGGUUCGAGUCUGAAGGUGCUGAAGAAAUAUGCUUGUCUGUGGUGCAUGAACAGACCAGCAAGUAAAAGACCAAAAUUGUACAUAAUUAACCUCCAGUGGACACCAAAAGAUGACUUGGCUGUACUAAAAAUCAAUGCCAAAUGUGAUGAUGUCAUGAGUCUUCUUAUGGAGGAGCUUAAUAUCCAGAUUCCUAUUUAUGACAGGGCAGAGGACCCCAUCUUUAGCCUUGCUGUACCUCUUCAGCCUGAGGAUGAGGACAGCCACACCCGUGCCGUAAUAACUCCCCACGCUGGUCCGGGCGAUUCCAUUGAGGACGGUGGCGAGACUACAAAGGCCAAAGCUGUGCAGGGUGGCUGGUUUGGAAGAGGCUAUGGCAAAGGAAGGAAGAAGAAAAAAGCAGCCUAGAGGUGAUUCGUGGAAAGCCACAUUGUAGCAUACUGAUGUGUGAGCUGGAUUCAGUGUUCAGUGGAUGAGUUGCGGCCGAGGUGCUAUGUAUACUGUAUAAUGUAUUUUUUUCCCCAUGUGUGUAAGGGAAUAUAAAAUUUUGGUUUUGAAUUCUAUGUAAAUGCAUUGAUAAAGCAUUAGUUAUUUAUUAACAAGGGAAAACAAUUGUAUCAUAGUGAAUGACCACAGAGUUACUUUUUAAUUCAUCUUUGAAUCAAAGAAUGGGGUAACUUAUUAUAAGUGCGUCAAAAGCUGCUCUUUAAAAAUGUUUACAUAAGUUUGGUGCGGUGUUGGCGUUUCAGUGGGACCUCUUGUGGCAGCGGAUGUCAUGUAGAAAUAUAUACCCUCUUUCAGACUUUCUUUGUUCUGCCAUGAGGCAUGAUAUUGUAUUGCAGCUAUUUGUUAUGUUUGUAUUUGAAUCAUAUCAGGUGAAGUUUCUACAACCACUCAACAAGCCUAUUAGUAAAAGAGUAAAGAGGUCCCAAUGAACUGUAGAUUUUUCCCUAGUUUUAGGGUUGUAUGAAAUGAAAGACUUCAUUCCAGUCAACAUACAGUGCUGCUCAAAAGUUUGUGAACCCCCUCAACAUUUAGGAAUUUUCUAUUAUUUCAACCUGAUUUCCUAAUCAAUCAAUUCAGUAGUUUUUUUUUGUUUUUUUAACAGUUGUGUUGUCGAGACUAAAUUAAAAAGAGUUUUCAUCAACUGAUGUAGGUGCAAAAUUGAACUGUUUGGUCACAACCAAAACCGCCAUGUCUGGCGAAAAGUCAACACUGCAUACCACCAAAAGAACCUUCUCCCAACAGUGAAGCAUGGAGGUGGGAAUGUCAAGAUCUGGGCUUGCUUUUCAUCCUCAGGACCUGGACAACUCCACAUAGUCCAGGGAAUCAUGAAUUCUGAGGAAUAUUGUCAAAUCCUAGAACAUAACCUGACGCCAUCUGUUUUGAAGUUAAAGCUUGGCAGAAGGUGGAUCAUGCAACAUGAUAAUGAUCCAAAGCAUUCCAGCAAUACAACCAAGGAAUGGCUGAAAAAGAAGAAGAUUCGUGUUCUGGACUGGCCCAGUCAAAGUCCUGACCUAAAUCCCAUUGAAAUGCUGUGGCGGGACCUGAAGCGAGCAGUUCAUGCCAGACGCCCAUCAAACCUCUCUCAACUGACUGCGUUCUGCAAGGAAGAAUGGGCAAAAAUCCCCCAAAGUAGAUGUGAGAGGCUGAUUAGUCACUACAGAAACCGUUUGGUUGAGGUAAUCUCUGCAAAAGGAGGCGCAAUAUCCUAUUAACUGAAGGGGUUCACAUACUUUUGCACACAAGAUAUCUGAGUUUUUCUUAAAUCAACCACUUUUGUUAAAUAAAGAAUGACAAUAUAACUAUUUCUUUUGUUUCAGUCCAUUAUUUGGAAUGUCAGUAUUGUGGAUUUGGGUAUAACUUAACAUUUAAUAAGGUUAUUUUAGUUUUUUUUACAAAAAAUCUGACCAUCGCUGUGGGGUUCAAAAACUUUCGAGCAGCACUGUACGUAUUUCAUACACUUUAGGAUUAAUAGUGGUGCCUGGAAGAGACAUUGUUUCCUAAUGGUAAUACGUUACUGCAACAAGCUGUGACUCGUAUUUUUAGUUUUUCAACAAGUAUAUUGAUUUGAGAUUGUUUUUUUUAUGCAUCAAUGAAUGUACCAACUUCAAUUUGACUUGUUGAUGUCAAUUGAUUAAUACUUAUUUCCUGACCUCUCAGACCAACUGUUUACAUUCUGUGUAAAUCAAAGUAAGUGUGAGGCAAAACUGUAAUUAUGAAAUUUUGUUUUGUGGUUGUUAGUUCCUUUUAUAAUUGCUCUUUACUGAGUUGAGAUAUAUGUACAGAAUGGCCGUUCAUUUGUCUCAGGAAGCUGACGUCAUGCACUAUUUGUAAGGUUUACGUGGGGCCAAUAACAAGUGAUCGACCACCAUUGCUAACACUUGUGCCAGAGUUAUAUGUAAUGAUAAAUAUGUUUUGUAUUUUGCAAAAAAAAAAAAAAAAGUACUUCAUGUUUGUCAAUAAACCAUGUUUCAUGUUCACCGUGUGCU